AUGAAGUUCUUCAGAGCACGAAGCUCCAUCCCUGUCCCAGAGGUCUAUCACUUCGAACCCGAAUCUGUCGAUGUGGGGGCACCAUACAUGAUCAUGGAAUAUAUUCCUGGUACAGUCGCGUCUGAACUACGCAAAAAGAUAGAAGCCCCCUUGAGUCAAUUUGGGACGCUUGAGCAAGACCAAAAGUUCCGACGACAAAUGGCGGCUAUUCAAGUCGAGAUGGCAUCACUGCAAUUUGACAAAAUAGGGUCACUGUAUGAAGAUCCAAAGACAGGGGACUUUUAUGUCGGACCCGAUUGUCAAACCGGACAGGGCCCUUGGGAGUCGUCUCUUGAAUACUAUCGCUAUCUGGCCCAGCAUAAGCUGGAGGAUGCUGUUCAGAACGCCCCAGAAGAGGUGAUGGAUGACCCUUCAUUUUCGCUCCCUAUACUCUUUGAGCGGCUCAUUUCGAUGUACACCGAUGAGAAGUCAAUCCGAGGACCGUUUGGCAUCGCACAUCCGGACUUCGGAGCGCAUAACCUUCUUGUCAAUGAGAACUUCGAAAUUCUAGCUGUCGUUGAUUUUGACGGUGUUAUUGCGGCUCCCAUUGAAGUACAGGCCCAGUUUCCAACCUUGACAGGACUAAAGGGGGAACCGCCAUUCCAUGUGGAAACGAAACCACUAGCAAUUGCGCGUAUCCACCGAGUUAGGCCAAAGCUCGAGGAGUAUAAGCGCAUGAUUCAGGAGCAAGAAAGAGAGACUAAGAUUGGUGAUGGUACUCUUGGUCAAAAGGGACGUCUGGGCGAUUUGUUGCUUUCGCAUGCUUCUGCCAUCAUUGCCGGUCUAGAGGCUUAUGGCUCGCACCAAGAUUGGGUCAAUCAGAUGUGGAUGCUUUCCUUCUCUCGUCUUCUCAGGCUGAAAUUAGCGUCGAUGGCUGGGAAAGAGGAUGGAUCUCAUGAGUCCGAUAGCCACUAG